UUUUGUGCCUUCAUGGCUAUCGUCAGAAUGAGAAAGUGUUCCGUGAGAAGACGGGCAGCUUUCGGAAAGCACUUAAAAAAUACGCUGAUUUUGUUUUCAUGAGUGCACCCCACGAACCUGUAUUGCCACCACAACCGUGUUCACAGAACGACGGCGGAGGAGAAUGCGAAAAAAUUGAUGAGCAAAGAGCCGAUCCACGUGGUUGGUGGUUCUCGAGGUCGGAGAAUCACUUCAGUUCGCACGAUGUCACUGAUCUCUGUACUGGAUUCGAUGAGUCUGUUAAAGCAGUCUUGGAUUUCGCUGCGAAAGAGGCUUGUUUUGCAUUUGUAUUUUCAUUGGUCUUAUCAUGUUAA